UGUUCAAACAUCCCCACUGACACCAAUGUUGUUAGCUCCGCCUCGAAUUAAAUAAUAAAUCCACACUUGACUCUCAUCUUUCUGCUUUUACUUAAAUCUUAACGCUUAACACACAUCCUCAUUCUCACCCUCUAAAUUCAUCAAAUACACACUCACUUUUCACAAUACAUCAUUCAUCAAUGGCUUCUACUGCCUUGUCACAAACUCUAUUCUCCACUCUCAAUUCUCACAGAAAACAACCACUUGUUUCAACAUCACAUUCCUUGAAAACCCAAUUCAUGAAGAACAAGAAUGAGUUCAUCACCAGCUGUGUCUCUCCUGACAGUGAUGCAGUUACCAAAUCUGAAACUCCAAUUGAAUUGAGAUACCCAGCAUUCCCUACUGUGAUGGAUAUCAAUCAGAUUCGCGAGAUUUUGCCUCAUCGUUUUCCGUUUCUACUAGUGGAUAGAGUGAUUGAGUACAAUCCGGGAGUGUCAGCUGUGGCUAUCAAGAAUGUGACAAUUAAUGAUAACUUCUUUCCUGGUCAUUUCCCUGAGAGGCCUAUCAUGCCUGGUGUCCUCAUGGUUGAGGCAAUGGCACAAGUUGGCGGCAUCGUUAUGCUGCAACCUGAAGUGGGAGGUUCCCGGGAGAAUUUCUUUUUCGCUGGAGUAGACAAAGUAAGGUUCAGGAAGCCAGUGGUGGCUGGAGAUACUUUGGUAAUGAGAAUGACACUGAUCAAGCUGCAAAAACGUUUCGGAAUAGCGAAGAUGGAAGGUAAGGCAUAUGUAGGAGAAGAUGUGGUUUGUGAGGGUGAGUUCUUGAUGGCUAUGGGCAGUGGUUGAUGCUCUUCUGCUUUACUAGUUUGAAUUCUGGCACUUUGAUUAGUUCUGCAUCUGCUCCCUCCUCAUUAAUUGUUUGAUCGAGCGAAUCUAAUUGAGGCUUUUGAUGUAUUUUCCUUUUAAAUUAAACCAUAAAUUAUAUACAUUCAGUAUUGAGUGCCAGUUUUCUGUAUCUGAGUGUAGAAAACACUAAGGAGGGCAUCAUUGGCCAUACAUUUUAAUGUUAUCAUUCUUUAUUCUACGGCCAAAAA